AUGCAAUUUCCUGUAUCUCAUAUUAUUGUUUUUGCUCAGCCUGAAAGAGGAACCAAAAGGAAGAAAGGAGACAAGAAUGUCUCUGAGAAGACAAAUGAUUCUAAAAAAAGGCCAGUAACUGCAGAUCUUACCACAGGAUCUGGAAUAUCUGAGGAAGAGAGAAUGAAAAUAUUAGAAAUGGUGGAAAAUGAACCCGAGGUUAGUGAUGAGAUGAUGGACAAAAAUGUUCUUACAGUUACUGUAUCUUAUUUUUUACCUGCUCUGCAGAUAUUUUUAAUUAUGUGAUUUUUUUAAGACUUUUUUGUCUUUUGUGCAGCCUCCUCAGAGCGACAUCUUGCCAUUUUAGGGAUUCUAUAUUCGUUUUCUAACAGGGCUUGAUAAAAGCUUGAGUGUUUCUUGGUGUUGUGGAAACCAUUCUUGUUUCACUUUCAUUUUAGUGCUUUGGGUAUUGUUCCGUGUCUUUUCAGUCCUUUAUACUGUGUCAUUGGUGAUCCCAUCUGUCCACAACACCAAGAAACUACCCAAAACAUGAAUGAGAGCUUGCCCGCUAGUCUUAGAUUACUUUUCAUUAUGAGAUAAUUUUCCAGGGCUGUUACCCAUUGGGCAAAUGAGUAUUAGUAGUUAAUUGUCCAGAAGGAAAAUUUUUCUAUCACCAACUACUCUAUGGUACUGUUUUCAAGCCCUGUUACUCUCCUUGAUAAUGAUUGAAGCUUUUUCUGGUGUCAUCAUUCCUUCUGUUUCACUGGAGGUAAAAUCUUUAUCAUAAGCAGUAGCUUGGUCGUUACAAGGCAAUAACAUUCUUUUGAUCGUAAAUUUUGUUUUCUUUAAUUUCUCGUAGGUUGAGGCCCUUGAUGUUGGAUCCCUCAAAAGGAUGUUGCUUAUGUUUGAAAAGAAGGUUACAAAGAAUCAGGAAAUGAGAAUAAAAUAUCCAGAUAACCCUGAAAAGUAUGUUGAAUGUUGCUAAGGCCUCUGUGUAGAUAUAAAUGUCAAUACACUGUACAGAUUAUUGUACACUUCACUUAAAAGGGAAUCUGUCAUUGCUAGUACAGGGCUUCUGAUAUUCCGCGCGGUGACGGAACCGCGAAAUUCAGGUAAAUCCCCAAAAUCCUGCAAAUUCACAAAAACACACAAAAUGCCACAAAAAUUUGGUAGAAAUCUUAUCAAAUACAUGUCUGUAUAGCAUUUGUGAAACUUAUCCCAGCUAUUGAGGCUAUUUACUUGCAGUAAACUUGCAAAUUUAUCUUGGAACUUCGUCACUGAAUCAUGCAAACAACGUCCCAAAACUACCAGGUGUAAAUUGUGUUGUGAAAAUUUGGGCACUAGCCAUGAUGUUAAAGGCUUUGCCAUUGGUUCAUUUCUGGAGCGUAUUGUUGUUGAAAGAGCAAAUGAUGACCUCUGUUAGAAAAAUGUUAAAAAAGCUGGUCUGAUCAGUGCAAAACCAAUCGAUUUCUAGCGAAAUUUGCCUUGAAAAUAACCACAGAAUCUGCCGUUUUUUUACCGAUUGCUUUUCGGCGAAGUUUGCCCCAAAAAUUCCCGCGAAAUUGGCCGAUUCCUCUGCGAAUUUGUCCCUAAAAACCCCGCGAAAUUUGACUUUUUUCUGCGACCUAUCAGAAGCCCUGCUAGUAGGUGAGCUUACCAAGGUCUUUAAAAAGACAGAAAUUACUCAUUUUCCACCCUGUUUAAGACAAGAGAUUUUCAUAACCCUGAUUCAUUUCAUUUCACUUGGAAUGGGAAUGGGACUCACCUUAUAUAUCCUACGGUACAGUAUGUGCCCUUGUAUUAUAGUGUCUUUAAAUUUAAUAUUUUGUUGUCUACAGAUUUAUGGACUCCGAGCUCGAUCUCAAUGAUGAAGUCCAGAAGUUACAUGUGGUAGCCACAGUUCCACAUCUUUAUCAGCACAUUGUUGAUGUUAAUGCUGUUGGUACAAUACUGGGCUUGCUGAGCCAUGAGAACUCAGGUAAACUUGCAUCAGGUGCAUGUCAGUUAUUUGGCCAGUCAGUGGUGGGUUAGGUGACAGUAAUAACCAAGGGAGUCCAGUGCUCUGAACGUGUGAAAUCUAGGGUGCCCUGCAUAUGAUUUCUACAAAAAAAAACUAAGAUUUUCUAGUUUCUCAGGAGCAAAUGUUAGGCAGCAGGGGCCGCCGGGUGCUACUAGAGCACAGCCUUGAAUCAUCAUCAUGAUCAUCAUCUUUUUUAAAUAACUAUUAUAAUAAUCAUUAUUAUUAUUAUUAUUAAUAUUUUAUUCUUGUUGGAUAUCUUCAUGUAUCGUGUUCUUUAAAUGGUUAGUUUAUUCCUUUGGUUUAUAUUAUUUUCCUUUCAGAUAUUUCUAUUGCUGUCAUUGAUCUGUUGCAAGAGUUAACAGAUGUGGACACCUUAAAUGAGAGUGAAGAAGGUGCCACUGCCCUCAUUGAUGCACUUGUAAGUGCUGUUACCCUCCUGGCCCAGGUUGUUUAACUGUUGGAUAUCACUAUCCACCAAAAUAAAUCACUAUCCAGUUUCAGAUAAUAUUAGGAAAAGCGAUUGCAAGUCCAUUGGAUAGCGAUUUAUCCAGUGGAUAUUGUUAUCCACCUUUUGAACAACUACGGUUAAUUAUUAAAAUAAUUUAUUAUUGUUCUUUUUAAGUAUUCCUUGAUGAAAAGCAAGACUUGACCAAGUUGAGUCUGUCACUGUUACCAACCCUAGGUGUGGUCAAUUAUUUAUUGUGACAAAGUCAUAUUAUUUCUAUUUUAUGAAGCAUAUCCUGUUUUUAUUUUCAUGUUCUUGUAGCUUGAUGGUCAAGUAAUUGCUUUGCUGGUACAGAAUCUAGACAGACUUGAUGAAAAUGUCAAGGAAGAUAGUGAUGGUGUUCAUAACACUCUAGGUUUGUCUUAUAUCUGUUACAGGUUCAAAUACCCAAACAAAAAGCUAAUCUUUCUUUUGCCUAGAUUUGCUGCAAACUCUUCACAAUCAUGAAAAAACUGACCUCUCAAUAAUUUCAACUUUUGACCAUUUACUUAUCAGACUUGUCUAAUCAUUACAAAGCAGUACCUCAGUAAAAAAAGCUUUAUAUGAUGCCACCUUAACUUUCCUUCAUUCUUCUUUGUUUUGCUUUGUUUUUUGAAGCUACACUUUUGAAUUUAUUUUUUGUUUGGAAGUUCAAGAAAUCCAGCUUCCAAGGUAUACUCCCAUGAACUAAAAAAAGUAUUGUUCUUUCAUUUAAAAGGAAUUAUAGAAAAUAUGACUGAACUUAGAACGUCUGUGUGUCAAGCUGCUGGAGAACAGGGGAUGCUUGGUUGGCUUCUAAGAAGACUCAAGGUGUGUGUUGUGGUUUGAUUUGUAUUUUAAAUACAGCCAAACUUCCUGUAAGUAAACACCCAUUAUUUGGUGAUGUCAUGGUUUCUUUCAGGAAGUGAUCACUUAGGAGAAGUACCGACUAUACGUCUGGGAAAACUGUUUUUUUUGUGGAUAGGCAGACUGUUAAUUAAGCUUGGUGGGGGCUGAUGGACUGUAACCUGUAACUGGUGGUUGCAGAGGGUACUAUGGAUGUGUAAUCCUCCCUGAUCUCUCCCAAUCAAUGUUGUUAAAAAUGUUGGAUUUUUUCUUUUCAAGACACUGAAAGGUAGAGGGACUAGAGUGGCCAAAUUCUUGUAAAGAAUCCUAAAUGUGUAGCAGAUUUUUUGCACUUAUCAUUAGAUUAUACAUGUAGUUAUUGUUUUAAUGAUGCCGCAAUGUUAUUGUUUCUUCAUAAAUGGGAUUUCUGCCCCUGUGAUAUGCUGCCUCUAUAAUUGUAUAAUAUUUUAUUUUGUUUGUUUUUUUAAUUCACCUCUUUUUUUUUUCAGCAAAAACCUCAUUAUGAUGCUAACAAAUUAUACUGUAGUGAAAUCCUCUCGAUUCUUCUUCAAAAUACAGAAGGUAAAAUUGUAUUUCAACCAUAGUGGUUUCUGGUUUUAUCAUUUUGUUUCCCUUAGACAAGAAACUAAUUGCUUUGUUCUACAUUUCCAUUCUCCAUCCAGGUGUACAUUUUUUAUAAAAUUAAUGAUAGCAUUGUCACUGUGUUGUUUCCUUAUACAAGGAACUUUUUGUCACUUUGUGUCUCUUCAGCCAGGUGUAUAAAUGUGUACACUGUCACUGUGUUGUAUCCUGAGGCGAGAAAUUUUGUUCCACAUUGCUUCUGUCCACCUAGGUGAAUAAAUUGGGUUGAUUGUGACUGUCUGAAUCAUUUGCAUGCACAAGAAACUUUGCCUCGCACUGCAAGUGUACCAUAAAUCUCCUUAAUGGCUCUUAAGAGGCGUACCUUUUUUACUGUAGGAUUAGGGGGAGUUAUUUAAGUUUGGGUUACAGUUUAUGAAAUUUGUCUCUUUUUUUGGUUUAGAGAACAGACAACUUUUAGGUGAACUCAAUGGAAUUGACACUUUGCUUCAGUGUUUGUCAGUAAGUGCAAAUACUUCCUAUUUUUUUUAAUGUAGCAAUGAUUCUUAGACAAUGAAAAGCGUGAAAAUACAGACUGGUAACAUGGUCUGAGUAUUAUUAUUAAAACAAAAGAAAAUUUUGGGUGUAAAUUUAUUGUAACAUAUUUCAGUUUUACUUACUUGCAUAUUGUACACAUAUCACUGGUAUGCAUCUAAUGAAUUUUACAUAAAAUAAUAGGCUAAUAGAAUAUCUUAUAAUCAAGUUAUGAGGGAAAAUAUAACUGUUAGUAGACCUGAUCUGUGAGAGUUAGACACCUGCAGUAUGUAUCUGUGACCUUCACAUUCCCUAUGAUGCAAUAAAUUUGUCUUCCCCACAAAAUUUUGCAUAAGUUGUUUUCAAAUUCUCAAGGGUUGAUUGUUACUCUCAAGAGAAAAAGGAAACAAUAUUUAUACAAAAUUUUGUGGGGAAAACAAGCUACAUAUACAUUUUGCAGUAGGGUUAGCUCAGUUGGUAGAGCACUUGACUGCAGAGUGGGAGAUCGCGGGUUCUUUUCCCAGGGUCCGACCAAUACUCAGGGUCUUGAAAUAACUGAGAAAUGAAGGUGCUUCCUUUGCCGUGCAAACGGCUAGACCUUCACAUGGCUUGAAUGACUAUGUAAAAUGGCAGUCCCAUCCCUGCAAGGAGAUGUUAAAAAAGUGUCCUCAAUUAGUGCUUUCAUGCUAAAUACCUAGUUGACACUCAGAUAAAGUGCAUUUGUAUUUUAUUCUUUGAUGGGGAGUGUGAAAGUCGCAAAUUACAUGAAGUUCCUAAUCAGUAUCUUUUUAUUCUUAUUGUUCACUAGCUGUACAAGCGAUAUGAUCCUACAACUUCAGAUGAAUUAGAAUUCAUGGAGAAUCUUUUUAACUGUUUGUGUUCAUCUCUGAUGUUUAAUGCCAACAAAGAUCUUUUCCUGAAGGGUGAGGGACUCCAGCUUAUGAUUCUUAUGUUGAGGUGAGCUAUUUCUCUGUUACUCAGCUUUUGAAUUUGAAAUUCUUUUGACAGCAGAUCCAUGUAAACAACAUUUUUGUACAGUCUCAUUUCAUGGUUGUGGCAUGUGUUAUGUUAUUCUAUUUUGCUUUGUUAACUACAGCUGUAUUGGCCAAUAGAGAAGAGAAAUGCUGACAACUCAAAAACUGAAUUUGUGGAUUUUAUGGGAUAUGUUGGCUAUUCAGAAAGGCCAAGCCCCCUUGCAAAAAUCAGCUUGUUGGUGCAUAUAAGCACUGUUACGAUCCGAUGACUCCAUGGAAAUCCUUCCAAAAUCGGCCUGGAUUGUACACGUUACGAUCUAGGUCAAUUUUAGAAGGAUUUGUAUGUAGUCAUCAGAUUAUAACAGUGCUUAUAUCUCCCCACCAAUUUGAACCAACAGGCUGAUUUUCGGCAAAGGGGCUUUUCCCAUCUUGUUCUUUUUUUAAUAUGCCAACCAAUCCAAUUAUUUUUCAUUCAAAUUUGAAUUAUUUUGAUGUCAUUCUUCUCUUUUCUAUUACUGUGCACCCUUAAUAGUCCUCUCCCCCAACGAGGGAAAGACUACACUACCAGGACUUGCAUCCCUUGGUCUUUUUGAACAGUGGUGUGAGAUCUUUUUUGUCCUCUUUGAAUCAAUAAGGAAGGAUGAAGGAGAAAAGGCCAAUGGCUUAACAGCCCGGUUUGCAUGAGUACAUGUAAGUGUGUUAUUUUUUAAGCGUGUCCAAAUGUCAAUCAUAUCCUCAGAGAGAAGAAGCUUUCGCGGAGAAGUUCACUGAAAGUACUGGAUUACGCCAUGCAAGGACCUGAAGGCACUGAAAACUGCAGUAAAUUCAUUGAAUUUCUCGGACUUAGAACUUUGUUUCCACUAUUUAUGAAGGUGGGUAGUCCGUACUUUCUUUAUAAUUUCUUAGGAUAUUGCCAUUGAAAUAUGCAAUCCCAGGGUGUUGAAUAGACUAAAAGAAGAUGUCUUCAGUUGGUUUUUGAAUGCCUUGCAAUGAUUGAUUCACUGUACGUUUUCUCUUACUUUCCAGCCCCUUAAGAGCAACAAGAAAGUUGGAUCUUCUGAAGACGAAAUAGAAGGUGCACUUUGCCUUUUUUUGUAUUUUCUGCACUAAAUCCGGGCCCCAUUAUGACCAAGCACGCUGCUUGAAAAGAAGGGGUUUAUGGGGUGUGGAUUCUCCCUGUCGAGCCCCGUACAAGCGUCCCCCGCCGCCUCUAAAUGCACACAGAGGAACAGAGGACGUUGAAAUGAAAAUGUGGCCUUUAGACUUUCACAUUUUCACUCGUAGGAUAAGUAGAAGUUUCUUAGAAAAGAAUACGAAACACCGAGAAGGGUGGAAAUUGGGUAGAAAUAACAAGCUUGCACAUUGCAAACAUUUUUUUUUUUCAGUGAGUGACACAGAACACUUAAAAUCGUGCACACAAGUUCCGAGCCCCUGUCUCCCAUUCGUAGCUCUCGAACCUCCCUUAAAGGGCAGAUAGUUAUCCUCAAAGAUUACAGAUAUUUUAUUGGCAAUGAUCAUCGUUUGUUCUGUUUCUCCCCCACAGAACACGUGUGUUCCAUUAUCAUGUGGCUUUUCAGAAAUUUAUCGGGCAACUUGAGAACGCGACUUGUACAAAAGUUUGUAGAAAAUGAUCACAUCAAGGUCGACAGAUUAAUGGAACUACACUUCAAGUACCAUUCUAAAAUACAGGAAUGCGAUACCAAGAUUGAGAAAGAAAAACAGGUUAGUAUCCAUAAUCUUAGUUUUGAAGCGCUUCCUUUAACUGCAUCACAAGUGUCUCUCGUUUGAGCACGAUCAAGGCCCUUGCAAUAUUUAUCGGCGGAAACAAGUCAUUGGUGCCGUAACGACUCAACUUUUAUAAGUACUCUUCACUCGGUAUCCGGUCUUUUGGAUACAAGUCGUUUCGAUACAAACUCUGCUCAAGCAGUUGUAAAGUUGCACAAAAAUUUCGAUCACUUCAAGUAUAGCUUGCGUGUGAACAAGAAAACAUUUUGGGUGAAAAUUUUUCGUUCCUUAAGCCAAGUACGUGAAACAAUUUACAAGUCGACUGAAUAAUCUUGUAUCGAAACGACCGGUAACCCUUCACUCCAUCUCACAAAAGUGGCCUUAAUUAGGAUCCGACGGCAGCGUCGAAACAUCGCUUAAAAAUGAAUUCGCGUUCACCCAAUCUUCAUCGCGAUUAUUCCAACUCAAUUUACUCUGUCAAAUGUAGGCGAACGAAUGCGUCUCUGCACCUGCAAAGUUGUUUUGCUGAGUAAACUUACUGUUUUUUUUUUUCGACCUUCUCGUUGUCGUCGUCGUCGUCAUCUGAUCUUAAGGUCCCUACACUCUCUUAUCCCGGGAGAUUCACCUCCUUAAUCACCCGCGGGAUCCUUAAUCACCCGCGGGAUAAGGUUCAGUUCCUGCUGCCGUCUCUCCUCAUAGCUCGACAGACAGAACCAUGGUAGAUCCAAUCUGUAGGUCAUGGGUUCGAUUCACACCAAGGUUUAAGACUGUUCUCUUCGCCAUGUGUAGUUCCCUGAUCCUCGUUACCAUGACACUCGCGGGUUUAUGGAUCGUUUCUAGCACUUACAUUUUCACUUCUGAAUUUAUUAUCUUGUUCUUCAAUCAUGGUCCUCAGUUCGCCUCUCCUCCUUUCAGUCACUUGUCCACUUGCAGUACUUUUGUUUCGUAUGAACGUUCCACUUUCUCCUUGCUGUCCGCGAUGUGAAGUCCUACAAAUUCUCACUGUAGAGAGAAACAACAAAGCGAAUUAGCCCCGUGUAACUGCGACAUUCGAUCGACACAGGUGUACCACAUAGCUCCUAUCUUAUAAUCCAAUGCCAGCUUUAAAUGUAGAAAAGCAGUAACGGUAGUUAGCCUGGUGUGACUGUGGAUCCCUCUCGACAGUUCCCUUGUUUUAAAAGCAUUUGAUGCUACAUCUCUGUAUGUAUUUAUUUGUUGAUUUAUUUCUCUUUUUCCGGUAGUCUCUUCAAGAUGAAGGUGAGGAGAUUGAUGAGGCAAUGGAGGAUGAGUUUUACAUGCGCCGGCUGGAUGCUGGACUUUUCUCGUUGCAGCUUAUUGACUGCAUCAUCAUGGAAGUCUGCUCAUCUGGUGUUUCCUCGGUAAAUAACUCAACGUCCCAUUAGUUAUUAGCUAUUGUAUUAUAUUUGACAUUCUGGCGCCCCCGUCGGUUGAGGAACAGUGGAAUUCUUCAGGGGUGGAUAACAAAAUUGACGAAUUUAUCAGGGGUAAAGUAAAAAAAAACUUCUAAAUUCCUUAGGGGGUAAAAGAUUGAUUUUGAAGGAAAUCUUUAGGGUUAAACUAGUAAGAAUUCAUGCAAUUUUUAGAGAAAAAAAACACCUUUUCAAAGAAAUUCUUCAGGGUAGACCCACAACUUUUGGAAGUCUUAGUAGUGAAUGCAGUAGUGUUUUUGAAUUCUUGAGGGUAAUAAGAAAAAGCAAGUCCUCAACUACGGAGGAUAGGUGCGAAUAUUAAACGCAAUAACCCAUUCUACAAAAAGGGUGGUUUCAGUAUUGAAAUUUGCUAACAACAGUGAUAAAGUCACCGGUUGUUAAUCGCGCCAUUUUUAUCUAUUCUCUGGCAGCUAUAGAUGAAUUGACUACACUUGAUGGGAUUAAUCAUUUUCACAUUGCCCAUAAUAAACCUCGUUUAUCCUCCCCCUCCCCCGAAAAAAAAAACACUUUGCCUAAGCGUUGUCUUCAAUUUCUCUUGAAUCGACUGUAAUACCCGGGAAAAAUUAAAAACAAUGUUUAUGCACAUAUGAAAAUGGUGAAUUCGAGAUCUCGGUCUCAGGCGCUUCACGGUUUUGGGAACAAGAGAAAGAGGUUAGGUACUGAGUACUGAGCUAGAAUGUCGCUCAUUUGAAAAACAUUGCUUUAUCAGUAAUUACAAAUGCACAGUACACCAUGAUGGUCCGCCUGUGUCUCACCCUUUGAUGAACUUCCGAGGUCCAAAACGCCUCACUUUCAAAAUGAGGCCAAGUGCACAAACUUUCUUGUGAAAAAGAGUUUUAUUUGCAUGAAAAUGAAAAAUCAUUUCCAUAUCAAAGGCUGCGCACUUAACCUCGUUUUGAUACAGAGGCUCGGGGAAACUCAAAAUUGGCCUAUUGACAUUUGUUGUUGUCUUUCCAGGUAAAACAACGCGUGGUGACUUUACUAAACCAACAUGGAGGAUCUAUGAAAGACAUUAGAGCAGUUAUGAGAGGUCAG